GGCGGGCCCUGGCCACCUCAGCCCUACCUGCUCUCACUAUGAAGCCCAGCAGCCUGGUCCCCUUUGUGGUGCUCCUGUCCCUUGGAAUCCUGACGUUGAGGUCUGUGGAAGGGGCUAGCAAAGAAAAAUCUAAAUAUGGAGCCUGCCCCUUCAUAUCCCCGGCGAUGUGCCUUGUCUAUGAACCCCCUCAGUGCCACAGUGACUGGCAGUGUCCAGAGAAGCAGAAAUGUUGUCCUGACCUUUGUGGCAUCAAAUGCUUGGAUCCUGUAGACCCAUCAAAGCCAGUUGCGGUCAACCCUGAGAAUUGUCCAGUAGUCAUUGGCCAGUGUAAGAUGCUCAGCCCCAAAGACGACUGCCUGAAUGACAGCCACUGCCUGAACGGUUUCAAGUGCUGCAAGGGGAUGUGUGGAAACUCAUGUGUCAAACCAGUGUGAGGUAAGGAGAAGAUCUGGCAAGUCCACAUUCCCCCCAUCCUAAUACAGCCUCAAACUCCGUGUGCUCUUCCAGGUAAAGGGGGACGCUUAGCGUCUCCCUGCAGCCCGCACCACCAAGCAGAUCCUCUGCCCUUCAACAGUAUUCACCCCCUGUUCUCCAAACAAGAAGUCUCCAGGCUCACUUGUGAUUGGUAGUGCUGGGUCCUGGGAGGGAAGGAUUCUUGGAAUGAACUAGGAGGAAGGAGCCGUGUCACAAGGCUGCACAAGUUCUAUCUUUUAAUAUCAUCUCUGCCUCUGACUAACUGUGUGACUAUGAGCAACUGACUGUAUCUUCCAUAACUUUUGUUUCCUAAUCUGUAAAAUGGACACAAUUAUAUUAGUUGGUACAAAAGUAAUUGCAGUUUUUUCCAUUAAAAACCGCAAUUAUUUUUGCACCAACCUAAUAUCCACUGAGAUACUACCUGUAAAAGUACUUUUUAAGAUUGAAGUCCUAUGUGCAUUGAGUAUUGCUAUGGUUGUGGCCUCAUUUGGUUGGGUUAUCUGGACCCACAGGAAACCCUAGUAUGAUGCACAGAUUUGGAGGCCCGAUGCUCUGAUUUUACCAGAGGGAAGACUAAAGCAGAGAGUCAGUGAAAAGCCUGAAUUUGUUCUAGAUUCCUAGAUGAAAGACCAGUACUGUUUCAACUAUUCCAGCACCGUGUUCUCUUGCACUCUCUUUAUCCCAAGGGAUUUCGGGCGUGAUGGCAGAAGGGGAAAGAUGUAAGGGGCACUUACUUGGAUUGUUCCUGUGCUGAGGCUCUGUUUUAUUUUCUUUCCACAAA